UGUGAUUUCGGGGCCAGGAGAACGGUAUUGCAUUUGUACUAAUCUAUGAAAACGCUGAAAUGUAAUUUGUUAAACUGUAGAAAUUUUUAAAAAAGCAACCCCUGGUAGAAAUAAAACUGAAUCCAAAUCCCGCAGAGAAAAUUGGCGUUGCAGUCAUCUUUGAAUUAAGAAUUUAGCAUAGUACACCAGUGCAGAUGUGCAGCGCUUCUGUUUUUCAUUACUUUUGAACAACUUCAUGCAUUUUGCUUUCACUGCAUCAAACUGGGUGUAAUCGGGCUUCAUUUAACUUAUGUUUUCUGUGACUCAUGCCGACGGUAUUUAGACCACUUUUCCCAAGUUCUUGAGAGCAUCACUACGUGGGAUUUGAUUUGUCGUAUAUGAGCUCCUUAAACUUGAAAAUAUUACACCAGUCAGAUGUUUUUUUUUUCACUCCCAAGUUGGAGCUCUACUCAUUCAUCCGAUUCAUGUUGUGCGUGUAAACCUGAAAUCGUUUUCUUUAGAAAAGAACUCAACUUCCAUGCAAACCACUCACAUACUUUUAAUUAGGUGUACAUGUGGAGGAUUAACGUUGUCAUUCAGAUCCGUUAAACUUUUAACUUAUAACUCGUCUGGGAUCAGGACAGGAGGGCUGCUGCACGCAUAUUUCUUUGGUUUUGGAAAAUGGGAAGGAAAUCGAAGUCGGGAUACUACUGCAGCAAAUCGGCAGCGUGUUGUUUUGCCCUGUUGUUCACCGCCCUGGUGAUCGGGUUCAUCACAGUGUCUGCACUCUAUGGAAAAGCUCGGAAGCUUUUGCAAACCACAUCGGUGGCACAACUUAACCACAGCUGCAAUGAAAGCAUAGAGUCCAGCCAAAAGUCCUGGCGUACCUGGGAGGCACCCCGGCUUCCGGGCACUCUGUGGCCCCUGAAUUACCAGCUGGAGUUGUGGCCCAUGAUGGAGCCACACAAGUCACUCGAGGUGGAUGAGCAUUACAACUUGUCCGGUCAGGUCAACAUUACUUUUGAAUGCCUACAGGAGACUGACCUUAUUAUCCUGAACAGUGCCAAACUCAACUACACUACAUGGAAUUUAGAAGCACUGAAUUACACCCAUACAGAAGCCCCUGAAAUCCUAAAUACUUGGUGGACCCCCCAAGUGGUUCCUAGCAAUACAACGUACUACCUGGUGCUAGAGUUGAAUGACACCCUUAAGAAAGGUGGCAUAUAUAUGGUACAGCUCUGGUAUGUGGGUCAUUUUGGGGAUUUUCCUGAAGGACUUUUUUUAUCCCACUACGUCGACAAAGAGAGCAACAUGACACUGAUUGCAACUCAAAUGGAGCCAUUAUGGGCAAGAACUGUGUUUCCAUGUUUUGAUGAGCCUGCAUUGAAGGCAACAUUUGACAUUAGAGUUGUCCAUCUACCUAAUUAUGUGGCGUUAUCUAACAUGCCUGAAGUUGGUGUGUCAAUUAGAGAAGAUGAGAGUGGAACUAACUGGACUGUCACUUCAUUUGGCACAACUCCAAAAAUGUCAACAUACUUAGUUGCUAUUCUAAUAGCUGAUUUUGACUACAUCAAUACAACUGAGAAUGGAAAAGAGAUACGAGUUUGGGCUCGUAAAGAUGCUGUGAAAAAUGGUGAGGCUGGUUAUGCUUUAAAUAUCACCGGCCCACUUCUUACAUUCUUUGAAGAGCUCUUUGAUGUGAAGUACCCAAUAUCAAAAUUAGAUAUGAUUGCAUUGCCAAACUUUUUAGGCGGUGGAAUGGAAAACUGGGGCCUGGUAAUGUUUAUUGAGACAGCUCUGCUAUAUGACUCAAAGCAGUUGUUCAGCAAUAAGGAGAAUAUUCGUUCGAUUGUUGCACAUGAGCUGGCACACCAGUGGUUUGGAAAUUUGGUGACCAUGAAAUGGUGGAACAAUAUCUGGCUCAAGGAAGGCUUUGCAUCAUACUUUGAAUAUGUAGUCUACAAGCAUGUUCAUUCCGAUAUGGAGAUGGACAAGGCUUUUGUCUACAAUGAAUUUGACAACGUGAUGAGUACAGAACUAUCUGGUUUUCAUCGUCAUCUGUCCGUGCAUGAUGAAUACAGUGACAUUGACAGCUUGUAUGACACAAUUACUUACAAAAAGGGUGCUGCAGUGGUUCGUAUGAUUUCCAGUAUUCUUACCGAGAAACUGUUUUUUAAGGCACUCAGGUCCUUCCUUAAAGCAUAUUCAUAUGCAAGUGUUGAACAGGAUGACUUGUGGAAUCACUUGCAAGAGACUUUAGAUAAUCAGACAGAAGUUCAACUCCCAGCACCACUGAAAACGAUUAUGGACUCCUGGACAUUGCAGGUCGGAUUUCCAAUUGUCACACUUAACACAUCCAUUGGUCAAAUCAGCCAGGAAAUGGUAGACUUACAAGGAGAAAAUGAAACAACACUUGGAAAUUCUUCUUGGUAUAUCCCCAUAUAUUGGAUGAAAAAUGAAACUGUGCAACAUUUGAACUGGUUAAGUACAAAAUCUAGUGUGAUUCCUGAAAUGCAAGUGUCCUCUGAAGAUGAGUGGGUUCUGAUAAAUGUGAAUACCACUGGAUAUUUUAAAGUUAAUUAUGACAAGUCCAAUUGGAACCGUUUGCAGUUACAGAUGAGCAGAGAUCCUAAUGUCAUUCCAGUAGCCAGCAGACUGCAGAUGGUGCCAGAUGUCAUUAGUUUAGUAAACACUGGUCAAAUUGAAAUUGAGACUGCUUUAAAUUUGACAAAAUACUUCGACAAAGAGGAAGAACCUUUAGUUUGGUAUUCAGUUCUAGAAGGGACUAAAUUUUUCCGGAAUCGGAUGAAAAGUUUUUCUUCGUUUGGUGUUCUUAAGGAAUAUAUGUUAAGCAAACUUACCCCCAUCUAUUACCGUUACAUGAAUCUCUCCAAUCGGGGUUUUAGAGAAAUGGAUGAUCGUAAUAUUCAACGUGCUGUCUUGAGAAUUAUUCAAACAACAUGUUGGUUAGGACAUAAGCACUGCCUGCAGGAAAUGUCUUCAAUUUUCUCAUGGUGGAUGCAGGAUCCUGUGAAUAAUACGAUCCCUAAGUACCUAAAGAAAACUGUAUUUUGCUAUGGUAUUGCAACAAGCACAGAAAAGGAAUGGGAUUAUCUCUGGAAAUGGUUUCUAUCUCUGGAGCCAGAAACAGAUCAAAUGAUAGUACUUUCAAGCCUGACCUGCAGCAAUGAAGUAUGGAUACUCAACAGAUACUUGCAGUAUUUAUUGGAUUCAUCAUUAAUCAGUUGGUAUGAUAUAACACACAUCGUUAAACUCUUAGCAGAUAGAGACAUUGGUCAUCCAGUAGUGUAUGACUUCAUCAGAGAAAAUAUGGAAGAACUUAAGUUAAAAAAAAACAUGACAUUGCCUUCACUUGUACAUUUGUUGGGAGAUAUUAUGAUCACAGCAAGAAGUGAUGCUCUGAUUCAGGAGGUGGAGCAAUAUGUUAACAAACUGGAGGAACAGAAAUACAUGGAAAACACUGCUAAGUACAUUGAAAGCAUAAAAAAGGCAAACAUUAAAUGGAGAAAGGAAGUCCAUGAAAGAGUCUAUGCGUGGCUAAAAGGAGCUAUAAAAGAUUCUGGACAAUGAAGAAUGCAGCAAAAAAAAAAUGAGUGUAAUCUGUAUUUUUAAGAACUGUGUUCUUAUUUAACCACUGGAAAAGUAAUGACAGUUCUGAUGGAAGAAGUUGGCAAAGCGGAAAAAUGUAUUGCUGUUUAAAGGAGAAGCAUUUCCUUUGUGCUCUAACACUGACACAGACAUGUUGAUAUAAAUUAUUCUGAGGUGUGCUGGAAAGCAAUCAAAGUUCUAAAUGUACGAGGUGCAAGUACUGAAGUAAAUCAACUACAUGUAUGGGCGUACUGCUUUUGUACAAAGAUGUCUUGCUCUGCCCUUGCACCAAAUUUUAGUAUAAUAUAAGCUCCUUCUGACUCACAACUAAGCUAUAGGCUUUGUGUAGCUUCUUAGGUGCAUAACUCUCUGAUUUUGAAAGGAGGCUCAGAAUAUGCAAUGUUAUUAAAAUUAAACUCGAUCUCUUAUUUUAUGUUCUAGCAACAAGCUCUUGCUGCUUUAAUUUCCUACAGCACACAAUAAUUAUUCUUCCAGAUGUCCUCAAAGAUGAAGGUCCAUGUUAAUUUGAAACAGUAUUCCCAUUGUAUGUUUUAUACGUCACUUUAAACGCUGCAUGAUGAAACAAAUGAGUUCAGAGGCUUUGAUACAAGUCUAUAAACUUUAAAAUGGCUUCACAUUUCUUUGCAGAUACAACACAAAGAAUAUACUUUGCUAAUGGCUUGUGUCACAGAACAACUACUCAGAAAAAUGUUACCUUUGUUUCAAUGUUUUCAAUCCAGUUUUUAUUUUAAAUCUGAAGAACUUUAAGGAACAUGUCUUACCACUCGCACACAUAUUGUUGUAAACUACCUCUUACAUUUAGCUUUUGACACAUAUCAUCCACAACUGCACACUUCUACUAAACCUUUUCCCACCUUCAGAAUGUUCCAUUGUCUAAUGAAUAUUUUACCCAUUUCUGCUACAUUUGAUGUAAAUACAACCAUUUGUACUUUGCCUCUAAUUAACUUCACCUUUGUCUUAGUAUCUCAGUUUAAUAUGGAUGAGCUAUCUUUUAUAGUCUAUACUGUAAUUUCUAUACUGUAAUUUGCUUGUUUUAUGCUGUACUGUUUUACAUUGUAAUCUGCUUAGUUAUGGAGCUUUUCUCCCCGGGCCUCCACUGAAAAUGGGUUCUUCUGGCCCAGUGGACUUCCCCGGUUAUCAAACUGAAAUAAAUAAAUAAAUAAUGCAUCAGUAAAA